UCAUGUCGAGCCUAGAGUAGUGAGGAACGUUAUCGUGUAUCCUGUAGCGACUAGACAUGAGAAUGUGUGUAAACACACUUCAUUUGCAUCAGAAAAAAAAACAAUAACAGUAUUUAGUAUACAGUACUAUAUAUAUAACCUCUUGAAAAUGCUCCUGUUUUGUCCAACUUGUGGGAAUGUGUUAAUCGUUGAAGAGGGACAGAGAUGCUUCAGAUUCGCGUGUAACACAUGUCCAUAUGUGCACAACAUCACGAGGAAGGUAAAUAACAGAAAGUACCCCAAACUGAAGGAGGUUGAUGAUGUUCUCGGGGGCUCUGCUGCUUGGGAAAACGUGGAUUCCACUCCAGAACCUUGUCCAAAAUGUGAGCACCCAAGGGCCUACUUUAUGCAGAUUCAAACUAGGUCUGCUGAUGAACCAAUGACAACCUUCUACAAGUGCUGCAAUCUACAAUGUGGGCAUCGUUGGAAAGACUAAAUCAGAGACCUCAGAUUUGGGCUUUGUUUGAGGCUUAGAAUAUGUGCUCAUAUUAGAAUAUUCAGUUUUCAUAUAGAAGAUUUUAUAUUUAUUUGUUGGAGCCAUAACCGUGUCAUCAUGUAUUUGGAUUAAAAACCACAGAUACCCUUUAUGCAUCAUUAACUACUUUAUUUUCACUUUUACAGAAUGUGUAUGUAUCAUUAUGACAGUAACUAUAUGAGCUUCGUUGGCCUGAUGACUGAUUUUGUGUGUGUGCGCGCGCAUGCAAGUAAUAAAAUUACCGCUUGUAUAUGAUAGUUUGUCUUUUUAUUUGUUCAAAUAGUCAGUCCAUAAGUUGUUUUACAUACACAUUUGAGACUUGAGUUGAGCAUGGCAUCUGGUGUAGUGCCAUAUACUAUUCUCAAGGCAUCUAUCUACAGCUGCAUUCCUGUAAUACAAGCUUGACAUCUAUUGUCUGCAACAGCAUCAAGUCACUUCACAAAGCAAGUAGACCUACGUAGUCAAGAACAUAUUAAAUUAAAGGGAGCCAGACUGGACUGCAAGUAAACCCCAUGAUCAUGCAUACAUAUUUACUGGAGAUUAGACAGACAUCAUGUAGUUUUUGCAGAUGAUGGAGAGGUGUCUUGAUAUUACAGGUCAUGGUUGAUAGGAUGAAGUUAAGCUGGAUGGGAUGAGGUAAUUAUUUUUUUCUUCAGUCAGACAAUAGUACAUUGGAAUUUUAAUUGCUGAAUACUUUGAAAUCAGAAUUUAAUGUGGCAGUUUGUAAUACCUGCAUACGCAUAUAGGGCAAAUGCUAUGAAAAUUCAGUGUUUAUUUCUGAUUAAAAAGAUAUGAGGCUUGUGUGCAUUUACCGAGCGACUGCUACAUUUUGUGUUAAAUAGUACAAUGGAAAGAUGGAAAAUCUGAUUGUUAAAUAGCUAUAAUGUUGGCAGAUUGUUUACCAGAAAAACAAUUAUUAUCUGAAUCUUCAUUUAAAACUACACUAUGUAACUUUUUGAUGAAAACAAAUAAUAUUAAAGAGCUAGAGUAAAAAAGCCCUUAAUUCACCCAAAUACAAUUUAAUUACCCUAUAAUAAUUACUUAUUGUUUUAGAGCAAUCAGGACGGAUUUUGCGGGAAAUUGCAUAGGCUACAACAUUCUUCCGUGCGUUGCAUUAUUUAUCAGCAUAUAUCCGUACACAGAGAAAUAUCUUAGCGUUUAUGUUGUGGGAGAAGCGUGACGCUUAAAGCUGCAGUCCGUAAGUUUUGCCUCUUUGUCACCAUCUCUGUUUGAAAACCUGCA